UUUGGCUUUUAUGUUUUCAUCUGUGCAAAUGUACUUGCUUUGCAUGUUUGUUUUGCUUAAGGAUUGAGUUCUAGAGCUGUGUUAGUUGAGUACUAGAUGCAAGUAUAAUGUUAUUGCAGGAUACAAUUAUUCUUUAAACCCUGCAGCCAAUUUCACUGCACCUAAUUACUAAAUCUACCUUGUUGAAUACUUCUGAUGAAACCCUAUUAAAUACCACAUCCAGUCCGUAAGUUGUUUUAGUGCAUGUAUUGUUGCUUGGUAAAAUGAGAUAUAUCAUGAGUUAGUUUGCAUUGGCUCUCCCUUGAAGCCAGGACUAUGGAUCUAUUGGAUAAAUUUCGAACUUUGUCAUCAAUUUAUUCUCUUUCAUAAUACAUGAGGUGCUCCCAGAAGGUAUUUUAAGGUGCUCAGUAUGUGGAUGGGUAAAAAUUUAAGAGGAUUGCUUGUGAAAAGAUAUGCCAUGGAAGUAUCUCUUACUGAUAAAGCUGUAACUGAUUUCAAGACAAGACUUCCUUUCAUAAAAAAAAAAAAUAAAAAAAAAAAACUUAAUUAGCAUUUUUCAUGCUCUACAAAAUAACCUAAACAGGUUAGUGUAGAUGCUUAGGUAAUUGGAAGACUAUUUUGGAUAUAGAUUACUGCGUAGUUGCCAAAGCUGUGUAUAACAGCUAACUUAUAGGCAUUUUAUCCUGACAGAACCUACAAGGUUAAAUGAAGCUUUAUUGAUUCUUAUUUCUUUAUUAUAUUUUGAGCCUGUCCUUUUAAUUAUUUACUAUUCUUGAGAAGCGACUAAGUGUCAAAUUUUAAAGGCCCAUCCCACUGAAGAUUAGAGAUAAUAUUGAAGAUUAAAAUUUUCUUUUCAAGCACAAUGUCCUGUAGAGAAUUAUCUGUCUUUUUCAGUUUUUAUGUUGGACACUACCUAUCCACCUCUCUUAUCCCUUCUUUAUGUAUUACUCUGUAGUUAAAAAUUGUGUUAACUCUGUAGUUACAUUUUCCAGGAAAAUGGUUCUAUUUGGUUUGUAAAGGGUAGAAACUAGUUUUACGAAGCGUGAAAACAAUUCCUUUUGUAAGGAGUGCCACAUUCACUCUGUAUCAUACUUUUCUUAUUUUCUCCUCCCUUUUCAUUCCCUGCAUUUCCAAUUUUCUUUUCUCUCUAACCUUUCUGUCAAGGAGCCCAAGGAAGUUUAAUUUUCAAUUGCAUUUUCCCCUGGAAAAGAUUUUCCAUAUAAAGCCAUUUUUCAUUUGACCAAUCUAAUGGAGUCCAACUGUCCAAGUCUAAAUGAUCUCUUCUCAUCCAUGCUUACCUUAACCCAAGUGGUAACUAAUCCAUGGUGUUAGUUAUCAAGAGAGCUUAUCUGGCCAAACUCUUACAUGCGUGUUGCAGCUUAUUGUUGUUAGGUAACUUUGGAAGUUGUAUCAAUGAUUAUUGGCCAAGGCAUAAGUGUAUAGUAGUUGUUUUGUUGUGUAUGACUAGUGAAUGAGUCUUUGUUUUGAAGUGCUACCAUUCCUAAUAUAAACAUCUUUCCCUGACCUUUUGACAAAGGAAUAUGAGGUUUUCCAUUUAAUAGCGGAAUAAAAAUAAAAUUAAAAAAAAAAAAAAAAAAGCAUCAAGGAGUUCAUCCAGUUAAUAGCUGAAAAAAACAUUAAGGAGUUGAAGAAUGUAAUAACCUAAAAUUUACCUCACUAAUUAGCUAGAUGUUCAUUCAUCUUCAUGGUCAAGAUUAUUACAGCUGAUUACUGAUGUUUAUCCUGUCUAUGAGUUCAAAUAUGACGAUAUCACAGCGUUUAGAUUGUCUGAAAUGAUGCAGUGCUAUAGUGAUUGGGUAUCAUGUGGAGUAUAGAGCUGGUCCUAAGAUGUGGAUGAAGGUUUAUAUUAAGAAAGAUGAUGAGGAUAGUUUCUGCAAGUCCUACUGGUUGUAAUUGGCUGAAGGAAGUUGCUAAAGCAAACUAACCCAAGAUAGAAAUGGUUGGCUUAAUGAACCAGUUGAUCUGAAAAUCCCACGUGUUAUUUGGGAAAAAAGGGCAACCUUGAGGAUGGGAUCUGGUUCUACGGUUCUACCUAUUGGUGUGUAUUUUCUAAGGAGUGAGGCCUUGAGUGAAGAAGAGGGUGAGAAUUGCGCACAUAAGUUAAGGGUGUUGUUGGCUUAACUCCUCCAGUGUAAUCUGAUAAAUUUGUCUUUGGACUGUUCUCUGAAUAUCGUGAGUACUCCGUAUUAAAGAAUUCUAUUGCUGGUACCGUGUGUACCUUAAACUCCCUUGUCUUGCUACUUGUACUAAAAUCUAGGAGAUGUAUCUUUAUCUGUACUGUUGAUUGUGUAUUUUGAGGCUAAAGAUGGUUCCUGAUUUUGCAGAACCACUAAAAAUAAUAAUAAGUUUGUUGGGAUGCAAUGUUGAUGACAAUUUGCAUCACUAACUUCCCUCUUUAUGAGCAUGUAUUUGCACAUGUUGGUGUGUAUGUGCACGUUGAUUUUUCCCUCUGUUUCCAAUGGCUAGAACUUAGGAGUUAGGAGACUUGUCGCUGUUAUAAGCCAGUGGCGGACCCAAUUAAGUGACAUGGGGGGACAGCUGUCCCCCAUUUUUAAAAAAAAAAAAUUAAAAAAAAAAAGUGAAAAAAAACCAAAAAAAAGCAAAACGCGACACUGCUACAGAACGAAGAACAGCCAACAACACUCAGUCUUCACUCCUCCAAUUCGCCAUUGCCUCCACUGAGAUCGACCGUCGAGGCGUGCGUCGCUGCUCCACCAACCAGGCAACCACCGCCCUGCUGCGUCGCUGCUCUCGGUUCCUCACCACUCACCAGUUCACCGAGUCACCACAGCACCACUUCGGUCUUCGCAAAUCGGCAGCCUCUUCACUAGCUGCGUGCACCGGCGCCGCCUGCGUGCAACCAGGCAACCACCGUCUGACCGUCGAGCCUCGGCCGUCCGCCACUGAUGGUAUGUCUUGCUAUUUGCUAACCCUAAUUCGAAAUUCCCAAUUUGAAAUCCCCAAUUGACAAUUGUUAACCCUAAUUUCCAGAUUUUUGUUUAAUUAUUGUUAAUUUUAAUUGCAAUCUUUGUUGAAUUUUAAUUUUAAUUGCAAUUUUAAUUUUAGGUUUUACCGUUUUAUUAGUAUGCAUUCUAUGCAAUGAUGUGAAUUGUGGAAAUUGAUAUAUAUUUUUCAAUUUAAUUAGGAAAUGUCAAAUGAUUCACCUAAUUCAAACAAAUCCAAGGCUACUAGAAAACAACCCGAUCUUCGACAAUUCAUGUUUAAAAGAAAGAAACUCCAUGAAAAUGAGUCCAAUAACUCUCCUUCAUUAAGCUCCCCUCAAAGUCAAGAAGAUGAUAUGGAAAUGGGUGGUUCAAGUACUUGUAAUGUACCAUUGGAGGAAAAUUGGUAUACGAUGUUGAACUUCUUCCUCAUGAUCCGGGAAAAAGAAUAAACAUAAUGGAUUACCCCGCAAAUGAACGAAAUGCAGUUAGGAGGGGUUAUAUUCUUAAAAAACCUUGCCAACCAAAAACUCAUGACUUUCCUCAAAGACAAGUGUCUGGUUUACGUCGCUUUAGUGUUCAUUGGUUCAAGAAAUGGGAUUGGCUUGAGUAUAGUAUUGAAAAAGAUGCCGCAUUUUGUAUUGUGUGUUACUUGUUCAAGAAUGAAGUUGAUAGUUAUUCGGGGGUGAUGCAUUUGUUGAUGGAGGGUUUAGGGCAUGGAAUAAACCGGAAAGAUUUGAGAAGCAUGUUGGUGGAAUUAAUAGUGCUCAUAAUCUUGCUUAUGAGAAAUAUGUGAAUUUAAGAGAUGGAAAAAAAAAAUCAAUCUUGAAUGUGUUUGACAAUGCAAGUGAGGUGAUUAAGAGUGAAUAUUUUAUCCGCUUGAAUGCAUCUUUAACUUGUUUAAGAUUUCUUUUGGGGCAAGGUUUGGCAUUUCGUGGACAUGAUGAAAGUGGGGAGUCAUAUAAUAGGGGUAAUUUCCUUGAGCUUUUGAAAUGGUUAGGAGAAAAGGUUGAGGAAGUAAGACAACAUACUCUUGAAAAUGCACCUAAAAAUUGUCAAAUGAUUUCCCCUUCUAUUCAAAAGGACAUUAUUAAUUGUUGUGCCAAAGAAACAACUAGGUGCAUAAUAGAAGAAGUUGGUGAUGAUUACUUUGCCAUAUUAGCCGAUGAGUCAAGUGAUGUGUCCCAAAAAGAACAACUAGCUCUUGUUUUGCGCUUUGUUAAUAGAGAUAGUGGAAAGGUAAUGGAGCGAUUUUUAGGCAUUGUUCAUGUUGGUGAUACUACCGCUUUAACUCUUAAAGAUGCAAUCAUGUCUUUACUUGUUGAACAUUCAUUGAGUCCAUCUAUGAUAAGAGGGCAAGGGUACGAUGGAGCUAGCAACAUGAAAGGUGAAAUAAAUGGUCUUAGGACUUUGAUUAUGAAUAAUGAUACUCCAAGUGCCUACUACAUACAUUGUUUUGCUCAUCAACUUCAACUAACACUAGUUGCCGUUGCUAAAAAGAAUGAUAGUUGUGGUUGGAUUUUUGAGAUACUUGCAAAUUUAUUGAAUGUGGUUGGAGUUUCUUGCAAGAGAAGAGAAAUGAUUCGACAAGAUCAAGCUCAAGAAGUUGCUCGAGCAUUGGAUGUAGGGGAUAUUGUGAGUGGAUCGGGUUUAAAUCAAGAACUUGGUUUGAAAAGGCCCGGGGAUACUCGUUGGAGUUCUCAUUACAAGUCUCUUUCAAACAUCAUCCUCUUAUUUCCUACAAUUGUUAAGGUACUUGUACACAUUGGGAAGCAUGGUGUAUCGGAAGAUAAGUUCAAAGCUCAAAUUGUUUUAGGACAAUUAGAGUCAUUUGACUUUGUUUUUAUUGCUUACUUGAUGUUGACUAUUUUUGGAUACACUAAUGAUUUGUGUGUUGCUUUGCAAAGAAAGGAGCAAGAUAUUGUAAAUGCCAUGGAACUUGUCACUUACACAAAAAUAGUGUUGCAAAAAAUGAGGGAGCAAGGAUGGGAUACUCUCUUAAACAAGGUAACUUCAUUUUGUGCUAAACAUGGUAUUGUUGUUCCCACUAUGGAUUCUCCUUAUGUUCCUCAAGGAAGAUCAAGACGUUUUGUUGAAGAAGCAACAAAUCAACAUCAUUUUCGGGUUGGAAUUUUUUUAAGAGUGAUUGAUUUGCUUCUUCAAGAACUUGAUGAUCGAUUUAAUGAGAGGAAUAUGGAGAUACUAAUGUGUAUGGCUUGUUUAAGUCCUAAAGAUAACUUCUCAUCCUUUGAUAAAGAUAAGGUACUUAAACUUGCCUCUUUUUAUCCCGAAGAAUUUUCAAGCUUUGAUUUGAUGACUCUUGAAUGUCAACUUGAUAUAUUCAUGGAGAAUAUGCUAAAUGAUGAAAGAUUUCAAGGUUUAAAUGACCUUAAUUCUCUUUCUAUGAUGCUUGUUAAAACUAAUAAGCAUAAGACUUUUCCUCUUAUUCAUUUGCUUAUCAAGUUGAUGUUGAUUCUUCCGGUUGCCACGGCAAGUGUUGAAAGAGUCUUUUCCGCAAUGACAUGUGUAAAAAAUAAGUUGCGAAAUAGCAUGGGUGAUCAACUUAUGAAUGAUUGUUUGGUCACUUUUAUUGAGAAGGAUGUCUUCUUAAGAGUUUUCGAUGAAAAAGUUGUUGAACGCUUCCAAAAUAUGAAGACUCGAAGGAUGAAAGUGUAAUUUUAAUGUAAUGUUUAUGUAAUUUUUUUCAUCAUUUUGAAUUGUAUGACUAAGUAUGUUUUUUAUUUUGAAAUUUUAAUACUAAGUAUUAACCAAUUUGUGUGUUUGAGUUAUUUUUUGUUUUUAUUUUUUGUUAAGCUAUUUGUAAGUUAAGCAUUUUGUCCCCCCGAAUUGAAAAUCCUGGAUCCGCCACUGUUAUAAGCGAGCGUGUUUCGAAAAUUUUUGAGCAUAAGAAGCAAUCUACGUUCUCCCAUUGCACAAGCAAAUGAAAUGCUCUUACACUAGAUUUUGAAAUGUGGAAAAGUAAUAUUCAAAAGAUAUUUAAGAGAAGUACUCGUGUACGGUAUUAAUUACUUCGCACUUGUUUGUUUGAUUGUUGAAGAUUACUAUUUUAGAUUAAUUUCAACUAUAUCGUUAUAAUUAAUACUUGUAGUAAUCAAGGUCUUGCUAACAUUAGACGAAGUAUAUUUCGUGAUCAGCCAGUUUUAAUUAUACACUCUGGCAUACAA